AUGGUAUCAUCAUUAGUUCCCCAGAACCUCUGGCACCGAGACCGUCGAGGCGGAGAUGCUGGCAGAGAGCGAGAGAAAGACCCAGUUCGUUAUGGUAUCAACUCUAUCAAGAAAGGUGGCAAUGGCUUCUUUGUCAAUAUUCCUGGCCAGGACAAAGCAAUCAUCUUCACAGCAGGCCACAACCUUAUGGAUGAGAACGGCAAAAGGACCCAGAACCUUCGGGCCUGGUGGUCUGACCUUGGGGAGAAACACAAGGGGGUUGAGAUCCUUGAGAAUGAUACUCGCGUUAGCAAAGUCUUUUCGACCAAGCCUAACGAGGAGUCUGCCAUUGAUGACUUUGGCAUCAUAAUGAUCCCCAAGAACAAUAAUGAUCCCCCUCCCAGAACAGCCUUUGGAUUCGCGCUAAGACUUGCUGAGGAAGAAAGACUGGAAGGCAUCUGCAAUAUCUCCAGCUAUUUGACCACCGCCAAACCUGGCGAGCCGCCUACACGCAGUACAGGACGCUUCGUCAAUCCUAUACUGAAACAGCAUCAGCUUGAGUAUCUGACGUAUACUGAGGCUGGUGUGAGCGGCUCUGUGGUAUGGACUGGAUACAAUGGAUCUCCUGUAGCAGUGGCUAUCCAAAUCAGUAACUAUGGUCCCAAACGAAAGAGUCCCAAGUACGGCAGUCGUGGCUCCCGUAUAGACAUGAAGAUGAUGCGAGAGAUCAUGGAAUGGACUGGCGUCUACAAAAGGGCCGUUGCCAUCAUAGCACAACCACUCGGCAGAAAACAGCCACCUCCCCCACUGCCCCUCUGCAUGGCGUGGUCCGAACAAGACAAAGUUCUCCGCGUGCACGUCCAAGAUGACACUGAACCCACCGCUGAAGAAGCAACAUUCGAAGCCCUCCCAGUUUUUUCCGCAGCAAUGCUCCUUGGAAAAGAACCAAAGGAGGAGAUUGGCUUCGCACAGGUCGACAAGAGACCCAACGCUGCAAAGGACGCGAUGCGCUGGGUGUCGUGGAACUUUGACUGGAAUAACGUUAGUUUUGCUAGUGCCCUGAGUAGAGCGCGGUUGGUCAAGUGGGAAGUGAAGGGGCCAUGGGAGGGGAAGAUUGCUGGGAUGACGUUUAGCUGGGGUAAUACGAGGCAAGAGGUUGUGUUUCGGUUUGAUGAUGAGGUUGUUAAGAAGUGGGAGCUUGCCCUUCCUGAUACUGAGUACACCGGUAUUGCGUAUCAGGACAAAGGAGAUCCAAAGUUCCAGGAUUGUUAUAAGAGAUUUAUCAUGGAAGAUGCUUAG